AUGGAAAGAGUCAACUAUACCCUAUUGACUGAGUUCAUCCUGAUGGGAAUCCUCUACCCACUCAGACUGCGGAUGUUCCUUUUCGUGUUCUUUUUGCUAAUCUACAUCCUGACUCAGCUGGGGAACCUGCUUAUUCUGAUCACUGUGUGGGCAGACCCACAGCUCCAUGGCCGCCCCAUGUACAUCUUUCUUGGAGUUCUCUCCAUCAUCGACAUGGGCAUCUCCUCCAUCAUUGUCCCUCGCCUCAUGAUGACCUUCACUUUAGGCAUCAAACCCAUUCCCUUUGGGGGCUGUGUCACUCAGCUUUAUUUCUACCACUUCCUGGGCAGCACCCAGUGCUUCCUCUACACCUUGAUGGCCUACGACAGGUACCUAGCAAUAUGCCGGCCCUUGCACUACCCUGUGCUCAUGAGUGCUAAACUGAGUCUCUUGCUUGUGGCUGGCGCUUGGGUGGCUGGCUCUAUCCACGGGGCCAUUCAAGCCAUUCUAACCUUUCGUCUACCCUACUGUGGGCCCAACCAGGUAGAUUACUUCUUCUGUGACAUCCCUGCAGUUUUGCAGCUGGCCUGUGCUGAUACCACAGUCAAUGAGAUGGUGACUUUCGUGGACAUUGGAGUGGUGGUGGCCAGUUGCUUUUCCCUGAUCCUCCUCUCCUACAUUCGGAUCAUUCAGGCCAUCAUGAGAAUCCGAACAGCUGAUGGGCGGCGCAGGGCCUUCUCAACCUGUGGAGCCCAUGUAACUGUGGUCACCGUGUACUAUGUGCCCUGUGCCUUCAUCUACCUGCGGCCUGAAACCAACAGCCCCCUGGACGGGGCAGCUGCUCUGUUCCCCACAGCCAUCACUCCUUUCCUCAACCCCCUCAUCUAUACUCUGCGCAACCAAGAGGUGAAGCUGGCCCUGAAGAGGUUGAUAGGAGCCCCAAGGACUAAGAGUGGGGUUUGA